AACAAAAAUGCAAGCGACGUCCACGACAACAACAACAACAACCAAAACCAAGAAGCUCAGCAGCAGCAACAGCGUUGGCGCUGGCGCCAUCAGCCAAGCAAUGGUGACCAAGACAACCAAAACAACAACAACAACACACAAGCCAGGAGCGGGAGUUGGAGCGCUCAGACCCAAAUCGCCCAAAGCUGUAAGCAGCGAUGAGCAUGCGGAGAUUGAAUUCGCCAUAAACAAACACGCCGAUGCCAUCUAUCAUGAUUGGAAAAUGCACGGACUGCCUUCCCAGCUGUUUGAUAUGUACGCCAAAACGGCUGCAGCGGGAGAUUUUGUGGAUGUUGCAGCGGCAGCAACAGAUCUAAGCAAUCCCGAGGGCCUGCAGCAAAUCGUCACCAGCUUUGUGAACAAAGACAAGGAGCAGCGCAGCAAGAGCAGCGUCAAAAAAACAGAUGUCAGCGGUCUAACCAAUAGCAAUAGCAAUAGCAGUGUCAAGCUAAAGAAAUCGCUGCAAUCGCCCAAAAAAGUUGCAGCUGUUGCAAGCAAAUCGCUGCCCGAUGUCAACUACAACAUUGAUUUGCAUAUAGACGGCGAUAGCAACAACAAUAGUCAUAGCAGCAGCAAAAGCAAGUUAACCAGCACGCAGCAGAAGCAAUCCACUAAAAAGCUUAGCAACAUCAACAGCAGCAGCAACAUUGGCAGCAGCAACAGCAAAAACAUUGCGAGAGCGAGUGCAACACUUGUAGAUGUUGUUGAUGCGCCUCGUGUGGGGGCGCCAGUAAUUGGUGGCAGUUUGGCGCAUAAAGAUGAGCUAACAACAACAAUAACACUAACAACAGCAACAACACCUGAAACCGCAACAACAACAACAAUUGCGCCAGCAAACAACAACAGCAGUGAACAAAAGCAAAAGCAACCGGCGGCAGCAACAACAACAGCAAGUGCAACAACAAUUAAAGAAAAACCAACGAUCACACGCAAAUCGCCAGAUAAAUUGGCGGACACUACGAUGCCAACGUUGAAUAAAACCAAACCGACAAGCGGCAGCCGUGCAGCGCUUACAAAUGGCCAGGAUAAGGAUAAAAAUUUGGGUCGACCCAUCUUAACACGUGGCUCUGUAGCGGAACGUGUGAUGCUGUUUGAGAAGCGCCCCGAUGUACGCAACUCAUUUCUCGAUAUCAAACGUCCCGUGGAUCCGCCGCCCAAGAGUUUACUCAAGGUAAAGUUGCACGCAACACCGCCACCGCCGCCAACGCAAGAACAGAAUCUGCUACAAAAGGAAAUACGCUCCUCCAAGAGUGUCUACAUACCCAGAUUUUACUUUCCACAUGGCAAGCCGCAGCCAACAAUUGCCAUGGAGCGCGUUAUACGCGGCAUAUUGUCUGCCUUCGAUAGCUUUCCGAACAAUCAGGUAACCAAGGAUGAGCUGCCGCGCAUUCUGAAGCUCUGCGGCUUGCCCUUCUACUGGCGCAUGCCCGUCAUGAUCUUCUGCCAAGCUGGCAGCACAGGCUUAGUCGAGCGUCAGCGCUUUGUGGAGUUCUGGAAACAAAUGAACGUUUAUUGUCAUGAGGCUGCAUCGCGUUUUGUUUACAUUUUGUCGCGUGGUCAGCGCUUCCGUUCCUAUAUUAUGCCAGAGGAUCUGGUGCCCAUGGUGCAAGAUGUGGUGGAUACGCAUCCGGGUUUGGCCUUUCUCAAAGAAGCCACCGAGUUCCAUUCCAGAUAUGUGCACACGGUCAUCGCGCGCAUCUUUUAUUCGGUGAACCGCAGCUGGAGCGGCAAGAUAACCAUAUCGGAACUGAAACGCUCAGAUCUGCUGGAGAUGAUAAGCCUGCUGGAGGAGGAGGAGGACAUAAAUCAAAUCAUGGCCUUCUUUAGCUAUGAGCACUUUUAUGUGAUCUACUGCAAAUUCUGGGAACUGGACAAGGAUCACGAUUUGCUCAUUAACCAAGACGAUCUAGCCAAGCACAGCGACAAUGCGCUGUCCACGCGCAUUGUGGAGCGCAUCUUCUCGGGCUGCGUUACACGCAAUGACAACAAAAAGGCGCCCGAGGAUGAGCCCAAAAUGUCCUACACCGACUUUGUUUGGUUUAUACUCUCCGAGGAGGACAAGCGCACACCCACAGCCAUUGAGUACUGGUUCCGCUGCAUGGACAUUGAUGGCGACGGCGCUUUGUCCAUGUACGAGCUGGAAUACUUUUACGAGGAGCAACAGCAGCGCAUGGAGGGCAUUGGCAUUGAGUGUCUGCCCUUCGAGGAUUGCCUAUGUCAGAUGCUGGAUAUGAUAAAGCCUGUUAACCGUGAUUCCAUUACGCUGGGAGAUCUGAAGCGUUGCAAAAUGACGCACGUCUUCUUCGAUACGUUCUUCAAUCUGGAGAAAUAUUUGGAUCAUGAGCAGCGUGAUCCAUUCGCCUCACAGCGCGAUGAAACUAACUCCGAUUGGGAUCGCUUUGCGGCACAGGAGUACGAACUGCUCAUAUCUGAGGAGAACGAAUGAAGCUCGUUAUAGAAUUUCGGUUUUCUAACUAUUUAACUAUCUACACAUACACACACAUGGAACAAAGAUAUUUAUUUACUUAAACAAUUUUUAUACAAAUUUAUACA